AAUAGUGAUGCCGACCCCAAACAUCUCUGGAUCUGCUGGGAAGAGUUUUAGAAGGGCUGUGUCCGAGCUCGACCCAAAACAAGCCGAAGCCAUUCUGUCUCCACGUUUCCUGGGCAGGAGGCAGAGUUUAAUAGAAGAUGCACGGAAAGAGAGAGAAGCAGCCGCAGCUGCUGCAGAGGCCACCGAAUGCACCGAUUCCCUGGUAUUUGAGGAGAAAGAUGGAAAAGCCUUCGUCAACCUGCUCUUCUCUCUCAAGGGAAACAAACCCUCAACAUUAUCACGCACCCUCAAAGUGUUUGAGACAUUUGAAGCCAGAAUCCAUCACCUGGAAACACGCUCUGGGAAGAAGACCGCAGGAGGAUCCGCUGAGAUGGAAUACUUUGUGCGAUGUGAGGUGCACCGUUCAGAUCUUAUCACGCUGAUGAGCUCCAUAAGAAGGGUGUCUGAGGAUGCAAGAAGCACCCGGGAGGACAAAGUUCACUGGUUUCCUACUAAGAUUUCUGACCUGGACAAAUGCCAUCACUUGGUUACUAAAUUUGACCCCGACCUGGAUUUGGAUCAUCCGGGCUUUUCUGACCAGGAGUACCGUAAGAGGAGGAAGAUAUUAGCCGAUAUUGCCUUCUACUACAAACAUGGUGAUCCAAUACCGCGGGUUGAGUACCUACCAGAGGAGAUUGCAACAUGGAGGGAAGUCUAUUCCACGCUCAAGAGUCUGUAUCCGACGCAUGCAUGUAAAGAACACCUUGACGCCUUCCAACUCCUGGAGACACAUUGUGGGUAUAGUGAGAACAAUAUCCCGCAGCUACAGGAUGUCUCCAGCUUCCUGAAAGAGAAAACAGGGUUUCAGUUGCGUCCUGUGGCAGGAUUACUAUCGGCUCGAGAUUUCCUCUCCAGUUUGGCUUUCCGUGUUUUCCAGUGCACUCAGUAUAUUCGGCAUGCAUCCUCACCCAUGCAUUCCCCGGAGCCGGAUUGUUGUCACGAGCUGCUCGGACAUGUCCCCAUGUUGGCUGACAAAACAUUUGCUCAGUUUUCUCAGGACAUAGGAUUGGCUUCCCUAGGUGCAACCGAUGAAGAAAUAGAGAAACUUGCAACGCUGUACUGGUUCACUGUGGAAUUCGGACUUUGUAAGCAGGAUGGAGAAGUGAAAGCCUACGGGGCUGGCCUGCUGUCAUCAUAUGGAGAACUGUUGCACUCCUUGUCUGAUGAGCCCGAGGUACGUCCUUUCGACCCAGAUGACGCUGCUGUCCAGCCCUAUCAGGACCUCAAUUACCAGUCCGUUUAUUUUGUGUCAGAAAGUUUCACGGAUGCCAAAGAAAAGCUAAGGAAUUACGCGUCACGUAUAAAGCGUCCAUUCGCAGUGCGUUACGACCCUUACACUUCAAGCAUCGAGGUACUGGACUCACCAAGCAAGAUCCGAACCUCUCUUGACGAGCUGAGGGAUGAGCUCCAGACUCUAACCAGUGCGCUCAGCACACUUUCCUAGCGCAUCGCAGCGUGCAAAGCAUCGCCUGUUAGCUCAUCCUCCCCAGCAGCAAACUGUAUCAUCUCUACGCACACGCACCCCAACAC